CCGCCAAGUGCUUAGUUCAAAACGAAACAAGAAACUAGAUCUCGGUCUGGAUCUACAUUUGAAUUUAAACAUUUCUACAUUAAAAUUGUCGUGUAGUUUAAGCAAACUUAGAUUAUAGAUCUUAACCCCAGAUUAUAUUUAAAAAACAAACAUGGCAGAUGUUGAUUUGAGUGAAGCCGAGAAAACAUUUAUUCUUCACAGUGUUCAGGACAAUUUUAGAGAAGAUGGCAGAGGCUGUGAGGAUUUUCGACACAUGGAACUAGAAACUGGACUGAUUUCCAACACAAAUGGGUCUGCACGCGUCAGAUUAGCCAGCACAGAUGUACUAGUAGGAAUUAAAGUUCAACUAACACCAGUAGAUCCUAGUAAACCAAAUGUUGGUCGCAUUGAGUUUUUCCUUGACUGCUCAGCAAAUGCUACACCUGCAUUUGAAGGCCGGGGUGGGGAAGGGUUAGCCUCUGAAAUAACAGCGAUGUUGACGAGAGCCUAUAGUUGUCCCAGUGCUUUAGACUUUCAUUCCCUGUGUGUUCUGCCUGGUCAGCACUGUUGGCUGUUGUACAUAGAUGUUUUGCUGUUAGAGUGUGGAGGAAAUUUGUUUGAUGCUGUUUCAAUAGCAGUUAAAGCAGCAUUAUUUAAUCUCAGGAUACCGAGUGUUACCAUGACAAAAGAUGAAGGAGGAGUGGAGCUGGACGUGUCUGAUGACCCAUAUGAUUUUAAGAGGUUGGAUAUUACAGGAGCACCCGUAAUUAUUACAGUCAAUAAGAUUGGACAUUUCCAUGUUGUGGAUGCAAGUGAAAAAGAAGAGGCAUGUUGUUUAGCCAGAAUUGUUUUGGGAAUAACUGAAAAGGGAACGAUAACAGCGAUGAAGAAAGAAGGCUCUGGCAGCCUGGAUGCUGACAGUAUAUCAGACAUGAUGGAGAGUGCAAAAAAAGUUGGAAUGGAGCUCAACAAAUGUUUAUUAAAAGCACUAAAAUCUGAAGAAGAACAAGAAGCAAAGCCUGUUGGAUUUCUCAGAUGAUUUUUAUGUCAAUUUACUGUUGUUUUUUUUUUCAAUAAACAUGUACAUAGUAAUA